AGAGCCAAGGUUCUCGGGCACAGGGGGAUGGACGCGAGAAGUGAGAAGCGGACGUGCUUUCUGAUUGGCUGAGGCGUCCGCGGCCGUUGGGGCGGGAAAAAGCUGCGGAGGGUUUGAGGCUGUGGUGGGCAUUGAGUUUUCCUCAGACUUGAGGCGAGGACACACGCGAGGAAUCCAGGGUGUGGUGGAAGACUGGAGAGGAGCUAAGGGGGUCGGUAUAUGGAUCCCGGGGACCGUCCAGGUGCCCCAAGAGGCUCGUGAAUAUGGACGGACCCAUGAGGCCAAGACUGGCCUCCCUCGUUGACUUUCAGUUUGGAGUUGUCGCCACAGAGACGAUUGAAGACGCCCUGCUUCACUUGGCCCAGCAGAACGAGCAAGCAGUGCGGGAGGCCGCGGGGCGGCUGGGCAGCUUCAGGGAGCCCCGGAUCGUGGAGUUUGUUUUUCUCCUGUCUGAACAAUGGUGUUUGGAGAAAUCUGUGAGCUACCAGGCUGUAGAAAUCCUAGAAAGGUUUAUGGUAAAACAGGCAGAGAACAUCUGCAGGCAAGCCAGAAUCCAGCUGAGAGAUAAUAAGAGAGAGUUUCAGAAUUGGAGGGCUCUGAAAGAGCAGCUUUUCAACAAGUUUACUCUCCGUCUUGUGUCAUGUGUUCAGUUGGCCAGCAAACUUUCCUUCCAAAACAAAAUAAUCAGCAACGUUACAGUCUUGAAUUUCCUCCAGAGUCUAGGCUAUUUACACACUAAAGAAGAAUUGCUGGAGUCAGAGCUUGAUGUUUUGAAGUCCCUGAACUUCCAAAUUAAUCUGCCCACUCCCUUGGCUUAUGUGGAGAUGCUCCUAGAGGUUUUAGGAUACAAUGGCUGUUUGGUUCCAGCCAUGAGGCUGCAUGCAACUUGCUUGACACUGCUUGACCUGGUCUAUCUUCUGCAUGCACCCAUAUAUGAGAGCCUACUGAGGGCUUCAAUUGAGAACUCCACUCCCAGUCAGCUGCAAGGGGAAAAGUUUAUUUCAGUGAAGGAAGACUUCAUGCUGUUGGCAGUAGGAAUCAUUGCAGCAAGUGCUUUCAUCCAAAACCAUGAGUGUUGGAGCCAGGUUGUGGAGCAUUUGCAGAGCAUCACUGGUAUUGCCUUGGCAAGCAUUGCUGAGUUCUCUUAUGCAAUCUUGACUCACAGCGUGGGAGCCAACACUCCAGGGCGACAGCAGUCUAUUCCUCCCCACCUGGCAGCCAGAGCUCUGAAGACUGUUGCUUCCUCUAACACAUGAAGCAGGCUGAAUCCACCAAAUAUAAACAGCCUUCCAUCACUGCACUCAUGCCUCCCUCUGUUUACUUUCAUACUCAGGGUACAAAAGUUCCAAGUCUCUCUUCAACUGUAUUUUUAUGCCAAUUUCAUGCUUAUUUUUUCUUUAUCAGAGAGAGUUAAGGCAGACAAACAUGCCCUUUUUGUCCUAUCUGCCUGAAAAUAAAAGCUAGGUGGAGAGAAAUUAAUAAAGUUGGUGCAUUUUUGUUUAACAAGAUAUUUAUACUUUUAACUUCAUUAAGAGGAACAUCAGGCAUGGAGAUUAGUAUUAAUCAGGGGCUUACAGACUAUCUGGGUGACCUUGACUAAGCAUCAAGGAGGUGGACUUUAUUGCCCCUUCCAAUUAGUUUAACAUCUCCGUUCCAUUAUUGAGAUCUACACAAACUGGGCUUCCUCAACAGCUAUCUAUUUUUACUAGAGUUUUUUAAAACUAAAACUAACUCUAGGCAUAUUUAAACAGAAUUUCCACAUACCUGCAUUAGAACUCAAUUCUCCCAGACUACAAAGUACUCUAUUUUAAAGAAAAACCCACAGUGCAACUCUGGGCAGUUUUCAGACUGUAGCAAAUCUUUUAUUACAAAUAAUUAAAUCUCUCCAUAAUGUCUCAAACAGUAUCAAACACUAUUUCAUAUCUCUAACAGAGCAGAGUCGGCAUUCAGUAUGAGAACCGAGUGAGAAGUGUUAAAUUUCAAGUGUCUGAUCACAUCGCAUGGUGACCAGCUAAAGCUUGGAUGUCAUUUUCCCACCUUAUCCAACUGUGCAUCUCAAACAUAUCCUCGUCUCAGUAGAGACAAAAGUUUCUGUUUCAUAUUGUUAAGUGCAGGAAGCUGAGAGAGAUAAAAUCCAGUGAAAACACAUCAAUCUCAAUUCAACUCAGUUUUUAAAAAAAAGCAAAUUUAAAUUAGUUGUUUUCAGGGAAGAAGGGGAAAGGAGUCCAUGGAGUUAAGAGUCAAAAUUAUGACAAGGGCUGGCAGCUAUACAUGGCAUGUUGUAGGUCUGGAAACUAUCUGUCACAUGAUAUUUUAAAAUAAAGUGGCUUUUGUGGA